UUAUCCCAAAAGAUCCUCUUCCAUUAUUUUCUAAAUGUGCACAUGCUUGCUUUCAGCGCUAUAACAUUGUUGCACCAAUAUGUCCGAAUGCCGCCAAAAAUUGACCUAUUAGCAAAGGCACGACACUGUCCAACUCACUCAAAUAAAUCCACCGCAAUCCAAUUCAAGAUUCCAGAGGAAUCGUGAGGGAAACGUGCAUCACGCAGUUCCGCAUUGCAAGUUAUCGACGUGGCGUCAAUCUAUCGCAGGUCUUCGCUCGGCCACUUGGUCACGUGGGAGAGCACGGUGGUGGUGUUGUGCUCCCUCGUGCUGUCCGUCAUAUUCGGAUUCUUCAUUCACCAGAGUUUCCACUCCAGAAUGUCAAGCGGACUCAUGGCCGACAACGACGCGCAUGAAAUGCAAGACAACGUCGAUGUCUCAAAAUGGCCACAUAAGGACUCAGAGGCCGUGGGCAUGCAAGGAAGUCUCGACAUACGGCGUUUAGAAGCUCCAACCUUCAAGCCCAGGAUGUCAAGGACUCGCAAGCCCAAGUCUUCAAAUGAACAUGCAACAAAGACUACGAAGAAAGACACAAGGACGCAUGGCCCUCGUGCCCAAGAGCGCGUCCCCGAGAAGCAGAAGUCUCUCAACGAGAAGCUCAAGAAUACAAAGAAGAAAAAGAAGAAGAAGAAGAACAAUUCUGCAAAGGCCCUCAAGCCUAAAGCGAUUCCAAGCGCUACCGAACAGUCGAACGAGCCCGUAAAGGGUUUGAAACCAAGCGGCAUUUCCAAUCACCUGCUGUGUUUUAUGUCGGACAACGCCACGGACAAACUACAGAUGCCGGCCGAGUACUGUACCCAUCUCGUCUACAGAGACAUGACCCUGAGCAAGCAGAAUCGUACAUUUGUGCCUGCCAAGAACGGCACCGGCUUCGACGAGUUCAUGUCCCUGCGCGAGCGCUUCGUGACGACCAAGUUCGUGGUGUCCCUGAACCCGGCGAUGGUGCGCGAGAUGCUGGACUACGGGGACCGAGACGAACGCAACCUGGCGGCCGUGUGCACCCAGCUGGCCAAGUGGAUCUCGCAGAACGAGCUCAACGGCGUCGCCUUCACGGGACAGCUCAUCACGAGCACGCGACACAAGAGCAUGCUGGCGGUGCUCAAGAACGUCCAGGAUGCCUUGAAGCAGUUGGGAGAACCUAAACCUGCCCUUAUCUACUCUGGGUACGCAUCGCAUGACCAGUACACGCAGAAGAGUAUCAUGGGCAGGAUUAAGGAUUAUCUCCGCGCCGCAGACAUCUUCGUGAUAGAGACUCACUAUCACGAAGAGGAGCAGUUCUGCAGGCUCGUCUAUCCGUCCAUCUUCGUUCGGAUCGACGACACACCCAGCAGCAUUCCUGUGAAAUCGGCCCUGCUCUGGAUGGAGAUGGUCAAAGAAGACGACGGCCUGAAUGGGACGCACAACAUGUGCUUCUCACUAGACAUGUCCACCAUGUCGUUCGACGUGGCAGCCAACAGCCGACCGACCGUUGGCGGAUGGUGCACGGGCCGCAAGUGGAUCAAUUACGGACAGAUGUGCGGCACGAAUGUCUGGGUGACGCCCGACGAGGACCGCGUAGCCCUGUCGACUUCCAGGCGCAAGCCGCAGACGUGGCUCGCCUAUGACAGCGAGGACGCCAUCAAGAAAAAGGGCAUUGGCUCCGGGUUCAGUUAG